AUGACUGGUGUGCUCCCUCCAGGCCCAGAGCACCUGGAGCGACCUGGGUUUGGCUUCCCAUGCCCUGAGCAGCACCUGGUGCCUGCACAGAGAAAGCGCCGCCUGGAGCCAGCCUGCAGUUGUGGAUUAUGGCAGAGACGGCUGCGGGGAGACACGGGCGGAGGCGGGUCUGGGCGGGCCCCACGUCACGCGGCCUCAGCGUGUGCGCCUCCCGCGGCUGCGGCCAGAGACUUCCGCAAACCUCGGGGCCUCAAUCGACAGAACGUGUCACCUCAGGCCCAGGAGAGCAGGGUCCAGGGCGCGUCCUCAGAAGCCGGCAGGGCGGGCUCCUCGCUGAGCCGCAGGGCGAGCCCGGCUUGGGCCUCUUCCCGCGGGAGGAGGCCGCCGCGUUCCUUCCCCGGUUCUCCAGCCGACCCCGCCGCCUCCGUCUCCCACACGCAGGGACCCUCUCCCGACACCGGCCUGCCUGGAACGUGCCAGAAUCGUCUCCCUAACCCAGCGGGCGUGGAUGAGCAAACCUGCAUCCGCGGCAGCCUGAACUGCCGUUUGUCACGUAGUCCUCGAGUCUCGGAGCGCAGGGGUCCCCAGGGCACCCCCGGCCGCUGUCCUGCGGCCCCCCGACAAUGUGCCGGGACUCGGGGUCUCUCACCAAGAGCAAACCUCGGCGCUGCUAUCCAGACUCCUCGAGCCCCUUACAGGCCACAUGGUCAGGGGCGACCCUCCCGUCACAACUGUGACUCUGUGAGCUCACAGGGCUGGCCUCCACAUUCUUGCUGGUGGAAGACCACAAGCAACGGGAUGCCUUUGAAAGCAUCGUUCUGCAGCAGGACUGCGCGACCGGCCAAUCAGAAUACAGGGAACCAUGAAAGAGAGGACAGCGUGGCCGAGUACUCAUGCUUCCAACCCUGCACAGAGGAUAGUGCAUGCCCAGCAUGCAGACUGGCUUCCAUCGCGACACGGAGGACAGCGUGGAGCCCAGCUCGAGUGCUGUCCCCCCACCAUGACAGCGCAGCACGGGCCUUCCAAGCCACAGAGCCACAGGGAAGCCAGUCCUCCUGGACCGUGUGUGGCUGUUUUGGAGCCAGUUGUGUCCUGUGAAGAGCGCAGCGGCCGCAGGUGAGGCAGGAGUGAAGAUGGAGGAGGCGGCCAUCUCUCUGGGGCCUGGCAACAGCGAGAGCUUUUGCCAAGCCACUGUCUC